AUGCGUGAGCGUCCCGCCGUCACCCUGGCAACCUACGUGGAAGGAACGGAGCUAAGCCCCGCCCCCCGACACAAGGACGCCGGCACAUGCGCAGAAGCACGGAAGACGCCGCAGCCCGGACUCCACCAGCUCCCCCGAAAGAGCCUGGGACAGCUCAAGACUCUUAUCUUGGACGCCUUAAAGAAAGAUAGCUCCAGACACUCCAAGCUGGAGAAGGCUGAUAUCCUGGAAAUGACAGUCAAGCACUUGCGGAACUUGCAAAGAGUUCAGAUGACAGCUGCACUAACAGCUGAUCCCUCAGUGCUCGGCAAAUACAGAGCAGGAUUCAAUGAGUGCAUGAACGAAGUGACCCGAUUCCUCUCCACCUGCGAAGGGGUCAACACUGAAGUCAGGACCCGGCUACUUGGUCAUCUCUCUGGUUGCCUAGGCCAGAUCGUGGCUAUGAAUUAUCAGCAGUCUGCUUCCAGUCAGCCUCUGCAUGUCCAGUUGCCCUCAGCACCAGUGGCCACUGCUCCAGUGCCAAUGCCUUGCAAGAUGACCUCAGCCGAGUCUUUGUCUCCCAAAGUGUUCCAGGGAGGCUUCCAGCUGUUGCCAGCAACUGAUGGCCAAUAUGCCUUUCUAAUCCCCAACCCUGCCUAUGCCUCCAGCCCAGGACCAGUUAUUCCCCUCUAUGCCAAUGGAAAUAUCACCUCCAGUGGAGCACCACAGGCACAUUCCCCGAUCCAAGGACUCACCACAUUUCCUCACAAGAUGCCACACAUGCCCCAAACAGUGAGCCCUCUAGGUGGCAGCAGUGGACCUGAUAGCAUGGAGUCUGUAUGGAGGCCCUGGUGAACUGACCACACUUUGUAAUCAGACUUUAUUUUUUAUUUAUUGGUUCCGUUUUAUGGGACCUUGCCUUACAGAAAA